CAAAAAAUGCCUGUGAUUUUGAUUAAUAUCUACUUAACAUAAUAUUUUUCUAUUUGAGAAAUGCUAAUUUUAAAACCCCAACAAAAACAAAAAAUACAAAAAGAAAUACCCUCGCCGGGAUUCGAACACCAGAACCACUAGCUUCCUGAACUGAAUUACCUACCAAAACCCGCCAGGCUAACUACACCGGUUAUCAAUUUUAGUACUGAGAUUCAAAGAGAGCGCCGCUGGUAUAAACGAAGUUUUGAAAGAGGCAUUUUUUUUAUAUGGAGUUUGCGUUCUUCUCCUUGUGAGAUUCCUAUUAUUGCGUCUCUCCAUUUUAUCGGUAAUAUCAGUCAUAAUCCUUCUCACUCUAUUGUGAUGAUAAAUCGCAGUAGUCUGUCGAGCCCUUGAGGUAGUCCGUUCUACGUUGUCUCUGCUUCGUGUUACGCACUCACACUCCGUAAAUACACCCACACUACGCUAGAAAGCAGAGGGCCUACCGCGAACCACGUUCGUCGUGUUGCCUCCCUGUCACACUUACGUACGAAUUUACAAGUGCGACAGAGAAGAAACACGCCAAACGUGGUUCGCGGUAGGCCCUCUGGAUAGAUACAUAAUGGUUGCAUUGCACAUCUAUCACACACAGUGUCAUACUCAACACGUCACAUUGUUUAAUUCAACUGGCACACACAGAAGUUAGUUGAUUGCUCGCUCUUCGUUCGCUGUCGCGUUUCUUUGCUAGUAGCAGAAAAAAUAUAUAUUCGUAUUUUUAGGUGUUUUUGUUUCUGAUACUACUUUUCGUUUAUAAUUCUGUUAUAUAUUGUGAGAAGUGCCAAGUUAGAAGAAAUGGAGGUGUGGUCGUAAAACUUGCAUUGAGGACUCGUUUACAAAUUGAUCUUCCCUAGGGCUCGUGCCUGCGUGCAGUACAGCUAUACACCGAACAUUUGCGACACAAAUGUUUUUAUUAUUUCCGUAACAACUAAGUGGCGUUAGGUUAUGCAUAUUUUAAUUAAAUCGAGCUUAACCUAGGCUUCUAAAAUGAGCAACUGGGCUAGGAGGAUGCACCGGCGGGCUGCCACUUUGAGCAAUGUGGUCACAUCCUGCGGGCACCCAAAUACCCUGCCCUAUCCGCGGCGGCUAGAAAAAGUGAAGUUCGGAGUACCCUUGCACGAAGUUUGUAAAGACGACAUUCCUGGGCCUCUACUCGUGCUGAUUUUAAAGUUGAACAAGGAGGCACCGCUGCGUCGGGAUGUGUUUCGCGCACCAGGACACCAGGGUGCUAUGAAGAAGCUAAUUCACUUCCUGCAAACGGGCCGACUAGUGAAUGUAGACAAUUACUCUGUGUAUACCAUUGCUAGUGUACUCAAGAAGUUUUUGAGGAAAAUACCAGGAGGUGUUUUUGGACGCGAUGGGGAGAUGCACCUGUUCACCGCUGUGGAGUUCCCAGAAGAGCAGCAGGUCCAUGAAAUAAGAAGACUGCUUCUGUCCCUGCCAGUGUGCACGCAAAGGCUGCUAGUGCUGCUGUUCGGCACGUUUCGGGUGAUGGCGUCCAAUGCUGAUAAAGCUGGUACCGGCAUGACAUCCGAAGCGCUCGGUGUGUCCGUAGCCCCGUCAUUCUUCCACUCUUGCGUGUCGGAUGGAAAAACCGCCACCAUGGAGGACGUUCAAAGGUUCAAGGCUGAAGUGUGCGUGGCGACCCGCAUAAUGCGUCAGCUGAUCGAGCAGUUCUCUGCGGGCGAUCUGUUCGGGCGCGACAACUACGAGUACUACGCGCGGGUGACUGGCCGUAUCCUGCGAGUGAAGGACGAGUGGAUAUGCUCGUUCAGGGACCCGCCGCCGCCGCGACACCGCAUCGACCAGGAGGCCUACGCUAGACAAUUAUCACUGGAAGCCGAGAAGACGUGGCUGCAAUGCGAAUGCGAUCGUUGGGGCAAUAAAUUUAAUUUAGAAGGUCUAACAAAGUCUGAGGAGUGUCAGUCAAUGCCCGCGCUGAUGGGCGUCGUGGGCGGCAGCGCGGCCGGCGGCGUGCUCGGACUCGGCAUCAUACCCGAGCACUCGCUGCUGGACUCCUGCACCAGGCUGUCCAUCUCGCUCGAGGAGAGCGUGUUCAAGGUUUCGGUGAGUUCAUCUUCGCAGUCGUCGCGCAGCAACUCCAGCCCGCACAUGACGCUGGACGAGCUGCGCGCCAUCAACAAGUACGCGGAGAGCACCAAGAGCCUCUCCUAUCUCCCCCAGGUCCACGAGCGCCAGCGGGCGCGGAUGCGCACGCGCUCGGAGUGGUUCCUGCAGGGCGCGGCGUCGCUGGACGCGCCGCGCACGCGCGCCGGUGGCGAACGUCGCAGCUCGCGGCGGCGGUCCCGGCGCGCUCGUCUGUGCGCGGGCGGCGCCGCGUGCCGCGCGCUCACGCACUCCGACACUGAGGUCCCGCUCGCUCUCCAGCCUCGUAAAAUAACCGCCUGACGCGAGAUCACGGUCGACAUCACCUACCUAGGAGUGCCUACACCGAAGCGCGCCACGGAACCUGAUCUACGGCUUCUUGUUAGUUAUCUAAGUCUUCGGCCUCGCAGUGAUCGACUAUCGCUUCCUUAAGCACACCGCAGGAUCUUCAUUUAGUCGCUUGGGACCGAGGUCCAGUCGCUCGCCUGUUUAGCGAAAUAACCGCCUUACGCGAGAUCAAGGUCGACAUCACCUACCUCGGAGUGCCUACACCGAAGCGCGCCACGGAACCUGAUCUACGGCUUCUUGUUAGUUAUCUAAGUCUUCGGCCUCGCAGUGAUCGACUGUCGCUUCCUUAAGUAUACAACACGAUCGUCAGUAAGAAUCGUCUGAGUCUGAGAAUCGCUCUCUCCAGUCUGUAAAAUAACCGCCUGAUGCGAGAUCACGGUCGGCAUCAAAUACCUUGGAAUGCCCCCAGCGAAAAGCGCCACGAAACCUGAUCUAAGGCUUCUUGUUAGCUAUCGAAACCUUCGGCCUCGCAGUGAAUUACAUAAUUUUAAACGGUCUUCAACAAAGGAUCAUUUAUUUUGUAAAAUUGGCUGACGAGUGACCAUGUUACUGAACAGCAUCCGAGGCUCCUUGUCAGUUAAUAUUUUCUUCGGCCUCGAGCUUCGCAGAAGGCGUCUAUUGUCCCAGGGAACAGACAGUUAUCGAAAUUGUCUUAUCGAGCACCAUUGUCGACGGCGACGCAGAUAUCGAUCUUUCAGCUAUUAUAUUCGAAAGUAAUACAUUUUUUUUUAAUGGAAACGCCAUGGAAACCUUCAGAUUGCGUAUUUCCAUAGAUCUCAGAGCCUACUUUACCAUGAGGAGACCUGUGUUCAUAACAAGAUGAUUAAAUAAAACGAUAUGUUACAACACUUACGAGUACCAAAACGAACUAUCUAUACCUUUUACAAGGGUAAAGGUAACUCAAUGGCAAUCUUUCGCUAAGUUCGCGACAUUACUAAACUGACUUGUAAACGAGACCCUAUCAUAAUUAAGUCAAUUUGUAAUAGUUAGUGUUUUCUGUUAGUUUUCAUAGUAUUGCAUUUUUUAUGAAGACUAGCAUGCUGUUUACCUCUUUUUAUUUGCAUGACGAAAAAGCUAUAUAGUAUAUAGAACAUCAUCACAAAUGUUACAUUGAUAAUUGUAAUGAGUGGUGAGCCGCAUCGCAAUAAGUUCAGCAUUAAUUUACAAUAUGUAGGUAGCCUUUUAAAUCUUGAAGUCUCAUACGAUUUGUUUCUCGACUUAAAUUACGAAAUAGGUGGGCAGGUAUGCAUUUUAAUGAUUUGUUUUACACUCUUGUUCAGUUAUUUUAAAAUACUUAACAUGUUUACCGUAAGAUAGUACAGGAAAUAAAGAGCAUUGUAGAUUCUUUUAAACCGUAGACUUUGUUACAUAAGCCUUUGUUCGAUUGUGCUAUUGAUAUAACGUUGUAAACAUAAUAUAUUAUCGAAUUUAUUACGAAAAUUGAUCGCUUAGUUAUAACCUAUAACCUAUAUUAAUUAUAGAGGUUUAGCUAUGUUUGGAGAAAUAAUUGAUUAUUAACGAAGUACCCGAUUACUUCGAUAUCACAAUGUUUAAUACAUUCCUGUAAAUAUUUAACGUAGCUAGAUAUAAUUAGAUAGUGUUUAACUCAAAAUAAUCUUACCAUUGCUAUUUCUAUGGAAGAUGGUAAAUUACGAACAAAAUAUUUUAUUUUCUAUCUUAUAUUUUAUUUCGUUUUAUAUUCUGUUCUACCUCAUUCAUCAAUUAAUCAUUCAAGCGAGUUUUGCUCAUAUUUCGAUUAUAUUCCAAUAGUUCCCUAGUCCGUAAAAAUCGGAUUGUUCAGUUUUCCUUAUUUUUAAAACGGAGAUAGUAAUUUAUGGUAUUCGCCAAAAUUUGAGCCAGACGCAAAAGACUGAAAUUUUUAGUAAUAACUUUGAUACUUUUUUAAAUCCCUUCAUAUUAAACCUAACACAUGAUGUUAAUUCAACAAGUAUACCUCCUGAAUUUAUAACUAUUAUUGGAUAGUACAAAAUUGAGUUUGUUAUUCCGGAACCACAGGAGUAUUUUUAUAAAUUCUUCAUUGCAAUGUGAGGUGCUAGGAGGAUUGUGAAAAGUUUUCUAUUGUAGCUUGUGUGUCAGCGAAACUUCGUUUAUUAGCGGCAUAAAGUAUUCGUCCCUCCCGUACUUACUAGGCAGAAAGGGAAAAAAAUGCUUAUAUGUCGGUGAUAAUCUCUGUUGUCCAUAAACUCUGUUAUUCAAAUUAUGCUCGCGUUACUAAUUUACUUUAUUAAAAAACUUAAAUCAUUGUUAUGCACAUUGGUUCACACAUGAUGUGUUAGUUAUAUAAUAUAUAUUUAAGACUGUUUAGGUUAGUUUAUUCAAUGCAAGUCAAAAGACAUGUAAUUGUUUAACAUAUGAGACUAAACUUCAGAACAUGAUCUGAUUGCUUCAAUAUUAUUUAGUAAGAUGUUAGAAGACAGCAAUUUAUGUUUUAUACAUAUGUAAGUAGGUUUUAAGCAGUUGUUAAGCCUACUUUUCGUUGCCUGAUAAAACCAUCACACUCAUUGUUUUUAUAUCAUCAAAUAUUGAUAUAGCUAUAUAUUUAUGCGUAAUGUGACAUUACGCUUGUUAUAUAACGAAUAUUAAACAAAUUGGUGGUUUUUGUGUGAUACCUGUUGUCCUGUGGCCAUACUGUAGCGGGAAGGGCGUAGUGUUCCGAAUACCGCUAGAAGGGUUGUUUGUUAGCCUACUUAGAUGUGUAUGUUGUAAAGUAUAAGAACGGGCUUGCAUCUCUCGGAUUUGCACGCCCACGUUCCUGUGUUCAUUGAGUAGUGUUAGGGAAACAAUUGUAAUAGAUAACUAGUAUUGUCGCGUAUGACAGUGGCGCGACCUACCAUCAGCCACACACUGUUAACCCAGCAACAAUAACAUGAUAUGUAUCAUCCAGUAAGCAGUUAAGUGUGUUGCUGUUGGUACUUGCUGCUUUUGCUACCAUGAGCGCGCUUUACGAAAUAGUAUAUAAAAGCCGUGGUAGCGACAGUAAACAUUUUUUUUUAAUAAAUUAACCAUUAGUGUAUUACUUUAUGAUUCAAUGCGUCCUAUUUUUUUUUAGAUAAAAUUAUAUUUGUCAUGUUUAACAUAGCUAUAUUCUACUAUUUUGUACAAUAACGUAUAAGUUGCUCUAAAUGUAGAUAGAUUAUUUUUGAUUUUAUAAGACUGUUUAUGUUAUUACUUAUAUAAUUUAUUAAUGACACUCGAAUACUUGAAUGUCAGAUCAUUCCACCGACUUAAGUAUUUUUCAACAACACCAGUUGCAUUUGAGUAUUAUAAUUCUUUUUUCAUUAACUUUUAUAAGAGAUCUCAAAGCUUUAACAAAAUAAUAACAGUGUUACUAUAAAAGCAUUUCUGUAUAAUAUUUUUAUUACUAAACGUAACGGAAAUUCAUUAACUUUCUUUGACAUUAUAAAAUGUAUUUCUGAAAUUAAUUGGAAUCCAAUUUAAUAUUGAUUCUUGAUAGUAUUAAAUAUGGUAUUUCGCUAAUUAAUUUCAGUUGUUAUUGUCACAUUAUUUGCACAUUUUCUACACAAAUUAUAAAGAAA